AAGAUUUGAUGUAAAUCGUAAUAACUGCCAAGACGACCUCGCUCAAUCACAAAGUACCGCAGUUUGAACAAACCACUGCGCUGCGCAAGAUUGGAUGUCUACACAGCAGCGAGCCGGCUUGUUAUCAUUUUUCCUUCACUUAGUCGCGUCAAAGUUAGUCUUGUAGUAAGCGAGUCAAAGAAUUCUGACCAGAGUUUAAAAAAAUAGUCGAAUGUCAUUGAACAAAACGAUGUUUUUACCCGAUUACAUGGACGAGCCCCAGUGGCUUCGCAUUGGACGACUGGCAAUAGAAGUCCUUCUCGCACUUUUUGGGGUUUUGGGUAACAUUGCUGUGAUCAUCGCUAUCGUCAGGUGUCCGUUCAUGAGAACGGUUACCAAUAUAUUCAUCUGUAACCUGGCUGUAGCUGAUCUAGGUGUAUUGUUGUUCUCCUUUCCGUUUGCGGUUGUCAAAGAACAAACUUUGUUCUACUGGCCUCUAGGAAGGGCGCUAUGCCAAGUUGCUUAUCCUUUGUCGGAAGUCUUUAUCGGGGUUUCUGUCUGGUCGAUCGUAUUCAUCUCUAUCGAUAGAUAUCGCGGGAUCGUCAAUGACAGCCAUCUUCGAUCCAUGAAGAUUGCUCGCAUUAUCUGUUUUAUUUCUUGGAUAAUAUCUUUCCUAGUGCUAUGCCUCCCUCUCCUCAUUGUGACGCGCUAUUGGGAGGGAGCUGGGUUCAAGGACUGUAUUCAAGAGUGGCCUCAGCAACACCGUAAGUCAAUGGUGCGAGGAUACACUUUCAUCUGCUCCUUCCACAACUAUGUGCUUCCUCUGUCAAUCAUCUUGUGGACAUACUUCAAGAUAUUUCGCAAGCUAGGUAACAGUACAGCAUUCAACGAGUCAACUCGGAGAGCCAAGAACCUGCGCGAUAGCUCAUCUUCUCGCCAUGAUGAGCAGCGAAUCAAGCGAAACAACCGAGCUAAGAAGAUCCUUACCCCGGUAGUGGUGGUGUUCGCCGUGACCUUACUCCCUGUUAAUGUAUUCCGACUAUUGCUGACAUGUAUGCCCAGUCUGCUACACUUCCAUUAUCUCUGGGUUCUUUAUAACUUGUGUGUCGUUGCGACUGUGUUGAAUUCGUCUUGUAACCCUUUCAUCUACGCCGUUGUUAGUGAUAACUUUCGUAUGGCCUUCAGGAAGAUGUUGGGAGCUAAAGAGAAUUUCGCCCGUAGACGAGCACCUUAUGCUCAUUUGUCCUCUCCUGAAGGCGCCACCGCCACCUUCAAGCUACAUAGCAAAAACUCCCCAAAAUCAACGACUUCCACAAACUUCCCCGUAGUGUCUACAGGCUCCUUAAGUUCAUCAGAUCAAGUUUGACCUGUUUCCCAGUCACGUGACUUUUCGGGCUUUGACUUAUAGACUUUGACCUUACAACAUGCAGAGGGCCAUGAACUUUGGAGUUUGACCUUUCAAUCAUGUAAUCUGCUCGAUCUGUUUCUCUAUAGCGUGACUUUUGGGGCCAUGGCUUGUAGCCUUUGACCUUUCAAUCAUGUGACCUGCUCGAUCUGUUUCUCUAUCCUGUGACUUUUGGGGCCAUGGCUUGUAGCCUUUGACCUUUCAAUCAUGUGACCUGUUUGAUCUUUUUCGCCAUCACGUGACUUAAGGGUCAUUAAUUUUGGACUUUGAGCCUCCGAUAAUGUGGCCUGCUUGAUCUUUCUCUAUCACAUGGCUUGAGGGUCGUGAACUUUGGACUUUGACCUUUCAAUCAUGUGGCUGGCCUGGAACCAUAAAUCAAGAGACACUUCUUGUACCAUGUGAUCUCGUGAUUAUUGCCUCAAACGAUUCUGAAGCCACUGUUAGAAAGUGUAAGCGAAGCACUACAGAGGCUUUGCACCAUCAUGUGAUGGCAGCCAUGACAGGAGGCAGGAACAAUUAAAAUCUGGUCUAAUCUGAUUUAAACGAGAAAGAAUUCAGUUUCCAAGGGAAGAAAGACUCACGUGAUGGUGCAAAGCCUCGAUAUACUGUGUUGUAACACUAUGCCCCAAACUUGCAUGUAAAUAUUUCUUUCGCUUCUUCAGUUUCCAUCAAGUAGAUAAUAUGUUUGAAAAAUUCACAGACUCUACGGCUAUGACCUCGAGAGAAAAUCUCACAGCGUUUCUUAAACUGGAGGAAGAUGAGAAUACAACUCAUUCAUGUUAAAAUGUAAAUUCAAUAUAUACUAUAAAGUGAAAUUUUCUCAAGGUUGCGUGCGCACCCAACUUGACGGGCCACAAAAUUGAAAAACUUAAAUUCAGUAAAAUUGAGAAGCCAGUUUUAUAUUUAAAGAGGAGAAUAAUCGAUUUUAUAAAUUCUUAUCGAAACAAAUCCCAUAGGAAUGUAUAAUAAUUCUCAUCAUAAAGCUCCUGUUCUGGUGUCGUGGCCCGUCAAGUUCUUUAAAUUUGGAUGCGCACGCAACCUUAGGUCUAUUGGUGGAACUGUAUAUGUUACAUAUCACAUAAUGCACACGUUACGCUUAAUAGAAACUACAAUCAACACAGGAUCAGGAUCUGUCAGGAGGAACUAACAGGAAGGACUACCACUUUAUAAUUCUUCGGAUUUUACUUGGGCCGUAGAAAACAGAUGGCAUAAUACUCCUAAUGAAGAAAUAGAAAACGCGCGCGCGUGCUGUGUGCUGUCAUAAAGCACGCGGGGGUUGGCAGAACACGAGAGAAG